AUGUGGACUCAGCUGUUGCUGAUACUGGCUGUGUUGCAGGUAUUCCUGUUGCUGCUUUCCCCGCUGGCACGGCUGCAAUGGCCGCUGUCUUGGUACUACGAGAAAGUGUACAGACCGUUCCUAGCGGAUCCCACGCGAUAUAGGGUGAAGUACUAUAUCGUGCCCGUAUUCUACUUCAGUCUGUACUGCUACAUGCUCAAUCUAUAUAGAUCUGAGCUGCUCCCCGUGAUCUGGGGCAGAUUGUACUUUAUCGAAUUGUACUUCUUUCAACCGUUGCUACUGGCCGCGAUACCAGUGUCUGGUUUGUUGACAAUGUUUACGAGACCCGAGGGAUGCGGCGGCCGAGACCAGGGGGUUGCCCCUAGUGAAGGGCAGUGGCCAUACGAUGGUAUAUUGUACUAUCCGAACACCACCUGUCGAUCGUGCCACACGGUCAAAUGGGCCAGAUCAAAGCAUUGCAGUAUAUGUCGAAGGUGUAUACAGUUGGCAGAUCAUCACUGUAUUUGGUUCAAUACCUGUAUCGGAAGAGGCAAUUUCUUUUACUUUUACGUGUUUCUUGCCUGCCACUGCUUGAUUCUAACGUAUGCAUUUGCAAGACUCUUCUUUUUCGUGGUGGUAGCCGAUAACAAACUAACAUCCACAAGAUCCACUUUGACGCUUCUUAUGCUGACGGGAACGUUCGCAUUGUUGGUUGACCUGUUCACAUACUGGCAAAUGAUGCUUGUCAAAGAGGGGAUGACUACGAACGAACAGGAUAAAUGGUUUCUGAUUCAUGAAUAUAUGAGGGACGGUAAAUGUGUGAACGUUUCAUGCAAUGGCAGCACCAAAAAAUGGUUUCUCGAAAGUGAUGAGGAUGGUAAGUUUUACAGUACAAACGCCUAUGAUCAUACGGCGUAUACGCUGACAAAUUAUCAUAUCGUGAAGAAUGCAUCGGAGAUCAUCAAUAUGUAUGACAAGGGUUCAUUUUGGGAGAAUUUUAAAGACAUGUGUCGAUGA